GCAGUUAUCGGCUAUCGCCAACCCCAAAAAAGAAAAAAAGAAAAAAAAAGAAGAAAACUCUAAGUCCAUCAAUUAUCACUACAAUCUCUUUCCCCUUAUAUUCUCUUCCAAAGAAGCCCUAGAUUUUCUCGGCCUUUCUUGCUAUUUCCCUCGCUUUCUCGGGAAAAAAAAUGGCAAACGCAGCUUCAGGAAUGGCUGUGCAUGAUGAUUGCAAGCUGAAGUUUUUAGAACUGAAGGCUAAAAGGACUUACCGCUUCAUAGUUUUCAAGAUCGAAGAAAAACAAAAGCAAGUUGUUGUGGAAAAGGUUGGUGAACCUACUGAUAGUUAUGAGGCUUUCACUGCUAGCCUUCCAGCCGAUGAGUGUCGAUAUGCUGUGUAUGACUUUGAUUUUGUGACCGAUGAGAACUGCCAGAAGAGCAGAAUUUUUUUCAUUGCCUGGUCUCCUGAUACAUCAAAAGUAAGAAGCAAGAUGAUCUAUGCGAGCUCAAAGGACAGGUUCAAAAGGGAAUUGGACGGUAUCCAGGUAGAGUUGCAAGCUACCGAUCCUUCCGAGAUGGAUCUCGAUGUCAUAAAGAGCCGUGCCAAUUGAAAUGUAUGUACCAUUUCGACUUUGAAAUGGAACUUUAUACUAUGUGGUUCACAUAAAUGUAAUGUCUAUAUCAACUUUGGAUCUUGGAACUUGCUUUGAUAUUGGGUUAUAUCUGUGGAUUCUUAUGGGGUAAUGCCUUUCCUUUUAUGUUGAAUUAUAUAAACAUAGCUGAAAUUAUGUGUUA